GUUGCACCAACUUCCUGUUUACCAAAUUAAACGGAUUGUGGUUGCAACAUCGGUGCCUUUUUCCCCCCCAACCACAUCACGACAGGCAGAUUUUUGUACCCCGUGCACGGUUGACAUUUGUUAUUUAUGACAUAUUUAUCGUGUAGUGUGUGUCGCUUCCAUUCGUAUGUGAUCAUAUGUUACGAAUGAGACAUGAGGUCUUGACAUUGAGGAGACGUUAGCAGGCCGUGGAGGAUCCUCGGUGUUUCCUGACUCCAGCGGACCGGCGAGCAGUUACAUUGCGUCGGAUCUCUGCUGCCUCGUCACCGUCCAACUCAAGGCGGCUGGCCGUGCGGGCUGGAUCUCUGCUGGUUCGGACAGGGGGACACCACCGUUGCCCUGAAUCCAGGAAGACCUUUCGGCUCCGGCCCCCUCAAGAGGGCAGCCAGGAAGGGAUGGCCUGGUCGGUCUUCCCGCCCCAGCGGACAAGGUGCUGCGGUGUUUGAAGGAGGUCGAGUCCGGAUAGAGUCCACCCCAGCGGUUCGAGGCACCAUGAUGGCCGCUUGCCCUUCCGCGGUCGGCGGCUUGAAAGACGCUGGGCUGUCGGCCAGGAAGAGUGAGGAAAUAGCGGAUUUGAUAGACUUGUUUUCCAAGGCCCAGUACCGUGCAAAGGAAGUAACUCCUCGGAUGGAGGCUGUAGAAAACCGCUGUCUGGAGUUAUUUGCCAAAGAUUACAAGUACAGCGUCAUCCAGAACGCCAAUGGAGAAGUAUGCGGCCAUUACCCCCGACAGAUCGUCUUCUUGGAGUACGAAUGCACAGACGUGGAUCGAGACAGGUUUGAGAGCACAGUGCAUAUCAGCAAACUGCAGGAUUUGGUGAACCGGAGUAAACUGGCUCGCUGCAGAGGGAGGUUCGUCUGUCCAGUCAUUCUCUACAACGGCAAGCACAUUUGUCGCUCAUCCACUCUGGCAGGCUGGGGGGAGCUCUAUGGACGCACGGGCUAUAACUACAUUUUCUCUGGAGGAAGUGAUGAUACAUGGGCGGAGUCAGAGGAGUUUCCUCAGGAUGACAGCGCAGUCAGGAACGGCGACUCCCAGCUCUUUGACAAGGUCCGCGGUCAUGACAUCAAGCUCCUGCGUUACCUGUCAGUUGGCUACAUCUGUGACCUCAUGGUGGAGAACAAGAAGGUUAAGUUUGGCCUAAAUGUGACAUCCUCGGAGAAGGCAGACAAAGCCCAACGCUAUGCAGACUUCACGUUGCUCUCUGUGCCUUACCCAGGGUGUGAGUUUUUUAAGGACUACAAAGACAGAGACUACACAGCUGAGGGACUGGUGUUCAACUGGAAUCAGGACUAUGUGGAUGCUCCUUUGACAAUCCCGCCAUGCUUUACCAAGAACCUAAAUAUCGACUGGGCUCAGUACCAGUCAUGGGAUCUGGUGGAACAGACGCAAAACUACCUGAAGCUGCUGCUGCAUAUCAUCAACAGUGAUGAUGAAAAUGGCCUUCUUGUACACUGCAUAUCAGGCUGGGACCGAACACCUCUGUUUGUUUCUCUCCUCAGGCUGUCGCUUUGGGCCGACGGUGCUGUGCACGCCAACCUGGAGCCGGCCCAGAUCCUAUAUCUGACCAUUGCUUACGACUGGUUCCUCUUUGGUCACAUGCUGCCAGAUCGACUCUCCAAGGGGGAGGAGAUUUUCUUUUUUUGCUUCAAUUUUUUGAAGCACAUUGUCUCAGAGAAGUUCUCUGCUGUUAGAAAACAGAGAAGGAAGAACUCCCACUUGAAAGAGGGGGACUUUACGGUGGAGGACCUCUGCCAGUUAAAGUCAAAGGAUCGUGGUAGUGUGACGAGUCUUAGCAGUGAGUUCUCCCUAAUCACUGAGGAGGCGGGUGCAGCUUCCAGCUUCACCAGUGACACUGUGGACCUCUUCUCCAGCCAGCCUCCACUUCCCACUUGGAAAAAGGGCACCACUUCCUCUCCUCAGAUGGUCGUAUGGACCAAACCAAACCCUCUCGAUGAACAAGUCCCAAACCCCCUCAGUGAGGCCAGGUCUUCCAGCUCCUCCUCCUCCAACCAUUCAGAACAUGCUGUAACUCGCACUGGCAGCAGCCCACUGGCCGUCCCCGGCCGGAGGCUAGCAGCAGACUACGCUCGCUCGGGGUCCUCUCUGUCCACAGAGUAUGGGAGUUGGCAGAUCGUGUCAGGUUGCGGCAGCAUCCAUGAUCAUCCUCCCUUCCAGCCGCCUCUGGCCUCCACCUCCUCCGCCUCGUCUGCUGUGGCUGCUCCCUAUGACUCCCUCCUGCCUUUCAGCUUCCAGGAGGAGGGCCCCAAUGGACGCAUGUGUCCCUUGCCCUCGGAGCGUCAAGCCCGUCUAGAAGCUGUACGCGAAACUUUCCUGGCAGCCUACAGCUCCACCGUCGGUCUUAAAUCUGUGGUGUCCAGCCCCUCAGCCGCAAUCUCAGGCCUCCUCGAGCAGUUCGCCCGUGGCGUGGGCCUUCGAAGUACCAACGCCAUCGUCUGAACGCCUUGCAGUGAGAUUUCCCACACCUUUUUCAUCCAAUGGAAUCAACUGUGGACUCCCAAUAAAGUGCCAAACAUCCCGUCAUACAGGAAGUUGUUCUGCUCUUCUUGAAUCAUCCUGUUGAUGUGUCACUUUUCCAUCCAUCCAAAUCCAGACUAGAACGAGGCCCAGCCUACUUUGAGGAGUUUACUUCCUGUGGGUGCAGGGGAGUACGACUAUCUAGUCGCAACUUGGCGUCUAGCUCCCUUCCAUUCUUCAUUGGAGCUUCUUAAUCACGUCUUUUCCUGGAUUGGUUUAUUUGUUGAGUAUAAUUUGGGAGGAAUUGAUUUUGGCUGUAACAAAAAGGGAGUCAGAUCAGCUUAUUGAUGAGCCUACUGAUCACGCUGAUUGCCUUCCAUUGGUCUUAAUGUCAUGUGACGUUAGGAAUUUCGACUAAUUCAGCACUUAUUGGCACGCUUCAUGCUGCAGUGUUUCAUCCAUUCACGUAAUGUCAUGGCAACACCUCAUUGGUUUAUACAGUGGGGAGAUUUUGCUGGUUUUCUCACUUGCAAAGCAUGUAGAGGUCUAAUUUGUAUCAGAAGUGCUCUUCAACUGUGAGGGACGGAAUCAAAAACAAAAAUCCAGAAAAUCACAUUGAAUGAUUUUUAAAUAAUGAAUUUUCAUUUAAUUGUAUUUUCUAUGAAAUAAGUAUUGCAUUUAAUGAAAUAAGUAUUUGAUCACCUACCAACCAGUAAAAAUUGUCUCUCAUAGACCUGUUGGUUAGUUUUUAAGAAGCCCUCCUGUUUUCCACCCAUUACUUGUAUUAACUGUAACAGUUUGAACUUGUUACGUGUAUAAAAAGACGCAAACUCCAACCUCUCCAUAAUGGCCAAGAACAAGGACUUGUGUAAGGACAUUAAGGGAUGAAAUUGUAGACCUGCACAAGGCAGGGAUGGGCUUCAGGAAAAUAAGCAAGCAACUUGGUGAGAAGCUAACCAACUGUUGGAGCAAAGUUCAAGAUGACGGUCAAUGUCCCUCAUUCUGGGUCUCCAUGCAAGAUCUCACCUCGUAGGGCAUCAAUGAUCCUGAGGAAGGUGAGGGAUAGACCCAGAACUACACAGCAGGACCUGGUCAAUGACCUGAAGAGAGCUGGAACCACACCAUAGUCUUGAAGAAAACCAUCAGUAACACAUUACACCGUCAUGGAUUAAAAUCCUACAGCGCACGCAAGAUCCCGCUGGAUGACCAUCUGGAUGAUCCAGAGUAGGAAUGGGAGAAGGUCAUUUGGUCGGAUGAGACAAAAAUGUAACUUUUUGGUCUAAACUCGACUCACCGUGUUUGGGAGGAAGAAGGAUGAGUACAACCUGAAGAACACCAUCCCAACCAUGAAACACGGAGGUGGAACCGGCAUUCUUUGGGGAUGCCUUUCUGUCAAGGGGACAUGACGACUGCACGACUGUAUUGAGGGGAGGAUGGAUGGGGCCAUGUAUCGCCAGAUCUUGACCGACAACAACCUUCCUUCAGUAAGACCCCUGAAGAUGUGUUGUGGAUGGGUCUUCAGCACGACAAUGACCCAUAGCACACAGCUAAGGCAACUAAGGAGUGGCCCUGUAAGGUCCUGGAGUAGCCUAGCCAGUCUCCAGAUCUGAACCCUAUAGGAAAUCUAUGGAGGGAGCUGAAAGGCCGUAUUGCCCCCAAACCUGAAAGCUCUGGAGAAGAUCUGCAUGGAGGAGUGGGCCAAAAUCUCUGCUGCAGUGCCUGCAAACCUUGUUAAGAACUACAGAAAACUAAGGUUUCUGUACCAAAUAUCGAGUUCUAUUCUUCUGAUGUAUCAAAUACUUAUUUCAUUUCACUUAUUUUGAGUGGUUAGCACGCAGACCUCACAGCUAGGAGACCAGGGUUCAAUUCCACCCUCGGCCAUCUCUGUGUGGAGUUUGCAUGUUCUCCCCGUGCAUACGUGGGUUUUCUCCGGGUACUCCGGUUUCCUCCCACAUUCCAAAAACAUGCUAGGUUAAUUGGUGACUCCAAAUUGUCCAUAGGUAUGAAUGUGAGUGUGAAUGGUUGUUUGUCUCUAUGUGCCCUGUGAUUGGCUGGCGACCGGUCCAAGGUGUACCCCGCCUCACGCCCAAAGACAGCUGGGAUAGGCUCCAGCACCCCCCGCGACCCUCGUGAGGAAAAGCGGUAGAAAAUGAAUGAAUGAAUAAAUGCAAAUGUAUUGUAAAAAUCAUACAAUGUGAUUUUUUGAAUAUUAGUUUUAGAUUCCGUCCCUCACAGUUGAAGAGCACUUAUGAUACAAAUUAGUCCUCUACAUGUUUUGCAAGUGGGAAAAAAUCAGCAGUGCAUCAAAUACUUGUUCUCCCCACUGUACAUACUGUAUUUACCAUGGAAAAAUACGACUUGAUCCCCUCUUAUAGUGAUAUGAACAAUACAUCACUUUUAUCUUAACUAUUUCAGACAGAAUGUAAAAGAUUUUUUUUCUUAAGUAACGAAUGGUCUACUGUCUUGAGGUCAGCUCUUUGGUCUUGCCCAUGGCAGUGGAGAGGUUUGAAUGGAGGCGUACGGGACGUAGUGAGGGCGGAGAACGUUGUUGUUGUUUAGCUAUGAGUCUAUACUGAAGGAGCAUCAUGAUGUACAUUUUAGGAAUCAGUGAUGCAUGCUGUGAUAUGAUUAUGGUUGAAUUUAUUUAUAUCAGUUACUUUACAUUGAAUGCUUCAUGUUGCAAUUGAUAAUUCCACGUGUCUGAAAAGGAGUCGGAAGAAGCAGAUCUUAUUUAAUGCUAUGCUAGUGUUCACUUCCUGUAAUCAGCGUGCACUAAUUCACUUCCGUACAAUCAAAGCAGUUAUGUAUGAUCAUUAUCAUGAUGAUAAUACAGUAAUGUCUUGUUUAUGGCGGUUAAAUGGUUCCAGACCAGAUGCACACGUUAGCGUUGGGAGAGUAUUCCUGUUCUGUACUGUGGCUGUUGUCUCAUCAAUAUACCAUUACUACAUGUCAUCUUGGAAUGCCUUAUAUUUAUAUCGUGCUUCAUUUAGCCAUUUUUAUACCUGCAAAUGCUUCAUUUUGGCAAAAAAUACAUACAUUUUGCUUGGACAUUUUAAAAAAAACUGCAUGAUUCAUAUGUUUACAAAAUUGGUGAGGGAUUACUGUACUUAGGUGUGUUUUAUGGACAACCGCCUUACAUUCUGUCUGUUACAAUGAAAUAGCAUAAAAACAAUGUAUUGUUCCUAUCGUUGUAAGGGUACAACUUGGAAAAAGAGGGAUCAAAUACGUAUUGUAUGUAUGUGAGUACAUCUGCUGUGUAAAUGGAUUUUUGGCAUCCAGACAUUUGGUGUUUGGUGCUUCCUUGGGUCUCUGAAUGGACUACGUUCAGAUCCAUCAUGGACCGUGCAUGUAUCUGCUGUAGUCAUAUGUCAACACAGGAAGUGUUUUAGGAUUGUGUGCUUUUGAGCAGGUCGUCCAGUCAGCGACGGUUCGAAUACAGUUCACCGCUGAGCAAGACAAGUCGCCCACGUUACCUCCAUCCCAGUGAUUGCUUCCACGUGAAGUUAGCACAUAUUUUGGUCAUUGUAUUUUUAUUUUAUUUUUUUAAUGAGCCUGUCUUUACACAUUUUACACGGUCACCAGCUUUGAUGGCUUUUGUAACUCAGGUUGUUUUGGUGCCUUUUUUUGUUCGUCUCCAUUCGCGAUUCCCAAUUCCAUCUCAAGUCCUGUUGCUCAGUGAUUCAGGUGUGUUCAUGUUCAUUGUUGACUUGCAGGAGCUUUUUCUGCGUCAAGCAGUAGCGUGGUUAGCUGUGCAUUAAAUCUUAUGGAUUCAA